AUGCAGGAAGGGCUUGGAAAUGCUUUAAGCAAGUUGAAUAUCCAUUCCGUGCCUACUCUACACUUCUUUCAUUACGGUAAAAAGGCCUCGGAAGUUAUUGGUGCCGAUGUUGAACUUGGGGUCGUGGUUUGUGGUGGUGGCCGGCGUUUUGUGGGGUGGGGUUUCUGCCUGAGUUUCGGUAUGCUUGCACUUGCUGGUUUCUCGUCAGUCCGGAUGGAUGGGCUGGAGGCUGCAGGGGGAGUGGCGCUGUUGUUCUUGGAUGGUUGGUUGGUUUUGUUGAUUUUUGCUGUUUCUUGGGUGGUCGAUGGGCGGUGUUGGUGUGGCAUUAAUAAUGGUUUGGAGGUUGUGGCGAGGGAUGAGGAGGUGGAUUGUGGAAUGGCAGUGGAUGCGGGGCAGCCUUGCGCGGCCUCUUGA